AUGGCGAUUAUCAGCUGGCUAGUGCUGCAGUGACGAAGUGAACCAUUACGAAACAUUACUAUUGGGAUGACUGAGGCAGAAAUGGUGUUUUUGUGGUCUUUAUCAGACUAAGAACGAUGUUUGCAGUCGCCGGGUUUCUGGGACUAAGUCUAAAGAAUAAAGCCUGUUGUGCUCUAUUUUUGGAUAUCUGACGUGCCCCAGCAGAUUUCUAGGACGUUUGUGUAUAUGUGCACCGUGGCGACCGGUAAACGUGUGGCAUGGUCUCUUUUCACGCCGGUGUCAUUAAUUAGUUUUCCCAGUCUAUUUUUGGCUGUUUUGAAUCGUCGUUCUGAGGAGACAAUUAUAUAAGGGACUAUAAUAGUGAAGGAGCAGAAGGAAGUGGUGUGUCAAAGAGGGAUACAUUUUCUUUUUCUGUUUGUGAUUGUGGUUCAUUUUAUGACUUAGCUUGGCUGCCAAGAUCUGUUGUGACCUGUGUAUUACUGUAUAGUUGUAUACAUUGUAUAUCAUUAACUGAGCCUAGGAUCAGGCUUUGAUUGACUUGUUGGCUUCCUAUGGCUCAGACUCUUAUCCUUCGCGUGGUUUCAUCGCACGCUGGGACCACGCCCACAGACCCGCCAUCCAGUGGUGGGAAACGCAGACCAACAGCACCCCUGGUCACAACCAGCGAUGAAGACGAAGACGACAAGGCCGAUACACCAGCCCUGAGCUCCACUGAGUACGAAAAUGUCAGUUCGCCAGGAAACAGCAGCACGGCUAGUGGCCCGAUUUAUAUUCGGCCCCCUGGCUUCAGCCAUCAUGGACAGACAAUUAUCUUAUCAAAACCAAAGUUAAAGAAAAAAAAGACGGCAUUAGCCAUUCGAGAAGGACUUAAGAAACGAGAUCCCACGCCACCAAAAUCAAAACCAAGGAGAGAGCCCCUCCCAAUGAGAUUACGGGCCUUACCACAAUCGUUCUGGCAGCAACCCAACAAACCCCAAGUGUGUUCCCCGGCAUCCGUUUUCCCAUCUUUGCCGCCAUUGUGUAAAGAUGAUGUCACAGAGAUCCGUCCAGUAACGCCACCAGAAGACAAAGAAAAAAUCAAACAGAGGCCAAAACCGGAGAGGAAAGUGACAGCCGCGAAUACAGAUCUGUUGUUCAAAUUAUUCGAAGGAAUCGGAGAAGCGGACAAAAAGCCAUUAAAUCACUUUUCAACAUCAACUUACAGGCGUGGGCGGCCCCGAAAACACGUUGCAUCAUCAACACUAUUAUCAGGAGAGGAUCCGUACUUAGUCGAAUGUGUCACAGAGAAAAUGUUUCCCCAUUUAUCAAUCGAAAACAGCAAACAUUAUCAAAACUCAGGGCAUUCUUCUUUACAACUAGUGACGCUUCGCGAGGGCGAUAAAUCUGUGACACUGCCCUCUUUAAGUGUGGAGCAGAACUAUUCACAAAUGUUGUCCGAGUUGGUGAUGCAGAUUUAAAGGUGGUAUAUCAUCAUCCUCUUGGAUGGCCCUUUCAAACAAAUUGGUUCGAACUUUGCCUUUCAAAGGAACCUGUGUGAUAUUUCAAAAUAUUAUUUCAAUAAUAAGUUAUCAGAUCUUCAUCCUCCAUCGAUCAUGCAUAUUGCUGUGGUUUCGACAUGGUGCCUACUAUGUGUGCAAGGAAUUUUGACUUGAUUUGCUUUUCAACACUGGAUUUGAUAUGAUCCGUCCUGAAGUUAUGGAGUCUCCGUCUUGCAAAUUCAGGUCAGGAACCGUAAAGCUUUCAGCAGCUGUGUUAUGUCAUGGAGUAUGUUAUUACAAAGUUGUGCCAUCAUCUAGAAAGUUAAAUGUGACAACUCCUGACUGGUUUUACAGUAUAUGUGAAUAUGCCAGAUCUGUGAUGGCCCUUAUGCCAGUAGAACUGAAUUUAAUGCCCGCCACACUCUACCAAAUUCUUGAGUUAUUAUCGACUUUUUUAUGCAUUAUUUCAUCACCACUUUAAUAGUGUGUGGAGGGCAUUUCACACUACGCCUGGCCGCCAUUCGUUCUGGUCUGUAUAUAAUCAAAUACAGAUUUAUGAUGGUAAGACUUUGUGUAAAUAUAAGAUUGGCAGGCUUUGGUGCCUUGUUUACUGUAUAUAUUUCACCAAAUCCCUAACAAAUAUCAUUCCUGAUAUCAUUUGUGCCAUUGUGUCCUUUA